AUGAAUUUUUGACCCAGUGGGCUAGCAGUCCACGUGCAACGCGAACUAGGGUUUGGGUUGGGCCUCCCGGAGCCCAAUAUCAUUGCCUUGGAAUUUGGAAAGCACCCGCAGGCCCAUUUACGAAAAUUAUUUCCUUUUGAACACGGUAUGAGCAUAUACAAAACCUUCUCACGAAGCAAAAAGGAAAUUGUGCUGGUUUCUGAUUUCUAUGUAUUGGGGAAAGCAGCGAGGGAAGAAAUAAGGUUGAAAAGAGACGGAUCAAACACUGAAACACUGAAAAUUUUGAGAAACCUCGUAACAAUGGAUGUGAUAAAGAGCCAGCAAAUCUCCGCGAGGCCGAUAGAGAAGGUGAUAGUUCAUCCUCUGGUUCUUCUCAGCAUCGUCGAUAACUACAAUCGGGUCGCCAAGGACACGCGCAAGCGCGUCGUUGGGGUUCUUCUUGGCACUUCCUUCAAAGGCACCGUCGAUGUCACCAACAGCUAUGCCGUUCCCUUUGAAGAGGAUGACAAGGAUCCAAGCAUCUGGUUUCUUGACCACAACUACCAUGAGUCAAUGUUUUCUAUGUUCAAGAGAAUAAAUGCUAAGGAGCAUGUUGUAGGAUGGUACAGCACUGGUCCAAAGCUACGGGAAAAUGACUUGGACAUACACGGACUAUUUAAUGACUACGUUCCCAAUCCUGUUCUUGUCAUAAUUGAUGUCCAACCUAAAGAGCUGGGAAUACCCACUAAAGCUUAUUAUGCUGUUGAAGAAGUUAAAGAGAACGCAACCCAGAAAAGCCAGAAAGUGUUUGUGCAUGUGCCUUCCGAGAUUGCUGCCCAUGAAGUUGAGGAAAUUGGAGUGGAGCACUUGCUUAGGGAUGUGAAGGAUACAACCAUUAGUACCCUUGCUACGGAGGUGACUGGGAAGCUAGCAGCGUUGAAGGGGUUGGAUGCAAGACUACGAGAGAUACGCAGUUAUCUUGACCUUGUUGUUGAUGGAAAGCUCCCACUAAAUCAUGAGAUUCUGUACCAUUUGCAGGAUGUAUUCAACCUACUUCCGAAUCUCAAUGUGAAUGAGUUAAUCAAGGCUUUUGCAGUGAAAACAAAUGACAUGAUGUUGGUUAUAUAUCUUUCAUCCCUGAUCCGAAGUGUGAUUGCCCUUCACAACUUGAUCAACAACAAGAUGCUUAACAAAGAGCACGAAAAGGCAGAGGACUCGAAACCCAUUGCUGUGCCAGCUGCAGCUGGAAGCUAAGCAAGAGCCUGCUAGAUGGGGAUUCAUUUUCCAGUGACGCACCCUGACCGUUACUUUCCCAGCCUUCAAAAGAUUAUAUUUUGUCUGUGUUUGGACUUGUCACAGGCUAGAGUUCUUAUGGUUGGACCAUGCAUUUUGUCAUUGCGCUGUCAACCAUUUAUGAUGCUCGUUGAGCGUCCAUCUCCUUUUCAAUUCUUUGGCCGAAUUAACUUGGAAGCGUCCAUCUCCUUUUCAUUUGUUUGGUAAAACUAGCUCUAUUUUAUUGGAUGCAUUUUUAUUGUUUUUAGUUUCUGCAACAUAUUUUCCAACUUGCUACAAAUAUGUUUCCGUGUUGGAAUAAUUUUGACUUCCAAA